AUGGCCGUAGAGAAGAAAGAUCCGCCGCCCCCAUACGGCGUAGAAUUCAUCACAUAUAGGGACGACAGUGAGGCCGAAUCUCGAGAAGGAAAUUCAUCUCGAAACUAUGGGCAUGAGAAUUCAACAAGCCAAGCAGGAGAGGGUACGAACCGAUCUCUCAAUCAUGGAAAUCGAAACAACGUUCGGCAGAUUUCGAGUAUUGCAACCGUCAUCACGGCCAUUAUUGUCUUUUUUGUGGCGUAUAUAUUUGGGUCCUUGAUUACCUUGCUACUGAAUCUUCUCAAGGAGCGUACCACGGCACACCUAUACGGCAGAAUGUAG